UUUGUCUGAUCGUGAUACCUGGCAACAUGAGCUCUCUGUUUCUUAUUGCUGCUAUCGUGGUUUGUUCUGCCUAUGGAGAUGGUGUUGGUAGUCAAUUAUUAAAAUCAUUAAGAAUUUGUCCUAUUGUGGAAUGUGCAUUCAUUGCCUGUCUAGAUGAUAUGAGUACACACACCCAGACUUUUCAUUUUAAUGGCAUGAACUGUCCAGGCUGUCCAACUUGUGCCAGACCUAGGCCUAUUGAUAUCAAGAGAGCCUUAAACCCAUUAAACGUUGGUUCCUUGAUUCAUCUUGAUAUGUGUCCAAUGACCAUGUGUGCUCAACUGGUUGAUUGUUCAAGUGAUCAGGCCGUUAUGGGUUAUUUUGAUUUCCAUGUAUAUAAGGCCUCCAACCCAUAG